AUGUUUGAAUCACUGUGGAGAUCCGAGUUUCUUAGCAAGCAACAGCUAAAUGCUCUUCAUUUAUACAAGUACGGUGCCGUGGAUCGCUCACUCAUUUCAAAAUAUUGUCUUAGUUAUUACUGGAACUGGUGUGUGCAGUUCUUUCCAAUGAGCAUGGCGCCCAAUUUGAUUACAUUGACCGGAUUGCUGUUCAUGAUAGUUAAUGUCGCCUUCGCAAUUAUAUUCGCUCCGGAUAUGGGGAUAGGCGAAGAGGCAGGGCCCAAUUGGAUCUACUUUAGUUUUGCAAUUGGACUAUGGUUAUACUCCACAUUCGAUAAUGUGGAUGGCAAGCAAGCAAGAAGGACGGGCACAUCGAGUCCCCUGGGUGAAUUGUUUGAUCAUGGGUGCGAUGCUAUCAAUUGCUCGUUUGCGGCUGUCUUGCAAGCAACCGCUGUGGGGUUGGGCCAUUCAAAGGCAAGUGUGGUAUUGUACGGUAUUGCCAUGCUGGGCUUUUACCUUUCAACGGCUGAAGAAUAUCACACAGGCGUACUCUAUUUGGGCUAUAUCAAUGCUCCAACGGAAGGUGUUAUUCUGUCCUGUGUUAUUUUCAUUCUUUCAGGCAUUUAUGGUCCGGAGAUGUGGAUGAUGUCUAUGAAAGAGGCCUUACAAGUCUCAUGGCUUCCUAACAACAUAGCUGAGAUGCCGGUAUCACAUGCAGUCAUUUGGUGGAUAGGCUCCUUGUUCUUACUUACACAUGCCCCCGUCUGCUUCUAUGCCAUGUACAAAGCUUGCAAGCAGAAGAACAAGCCAUUUAUUAGAACUAUGGCCCUCCAAAAUAUGCCAAUUGCAACCUACAUUGCCAGCCUUUACCUAUGGGUCAUGUCUCCCUAUUCAACCAUCUUGACACAUCGUCAUUUUAUCUUGUUUGCAAUUACAACAGGUAUUGUGUUUGGAAGAAUGGCAACAAAAGUGAUUUUGGCCCAUUUGACAAAAUCAAAGUUUCCCAAAUUCACCGUGUUGUUGAUUCCAUUGAUUGUUGGAGCUACGUUGACAAAUAUACCAGUUGUAUUCCCAUCUAUAAAACCUAUUUUUACCCCUGAAUCAGAGUAUAUUUUCUUAUUAAGCUAUUUCGGAUUUGCUUUAAUUGCGUACACAAGAUGGGCUCUCGUGGUAAUUAAUAGCUUCUGCGAUUUUCUCGGCAUAAGAUGCUUGGUCAUUCCCAAGAAGAAUAUAGAGUAA